GUGGAGAACGAUGGAGAGAAGACCUCGGAACCUCCGGAAAAUAUCAAGGAAUUGCUGAAGGAGUUCCAAGACAUUCUCCCUGAAGAUCUUCCGAACGAGCUACCGCCAUACCGAACGCACCAACACGGAAUCAUCGAGUAUCUCCUCGCCAAAGGACUCAUCCGACCAUCCACUUCGCCAUGCGGUGCCCCAGUGCUCUUCACACCGAAACCGGAUGGAAGCCUGCGCAUGUGCAUUGAUUACCGAGCUCUCAACAAGCAGACCAUCAAGAAUAAAUAUCCGAUACCACGAAUCGAUGACUUGCUUGACCAACUUCGAGGAGCUACGGGAUUUUCCAAAUUGGAUCUGCGGUCUGGAUACUGGCAGAUAUGGAUGGCGGACAACUCUAUCCACAAAACUGCUUUCCGAACUCAGUAUGGAUCGUACGAGUAUUUGGUAAUGCCAUUCGGACUCACCAACGCACCGGCAACAUUCCAAGCCGAAAUGAACCACAUUCUACGACCACACCAUCACCGUGGGAGACCAGAAGGGAUGUGCAGGCAUGACCAUCGGAUUGAACUGGAAUCUGGCACGCAGCCAGCUGUUUGGACACAGUGGCGGGUGAUGCAACCUGAGCUCCAGGAAUUACGGGACCAGGUGGACUAUUUGCUGGCCAAAGGGUUCGUUCGACUGAGCACGUCCCCAUUCGCCGCCCUGAUCCUGUUCACGCCCAAGAAGGAUGGGGGCCUCCGAAUGUGCAUUGAUUAUCGCUCCCUUAAUCGGGUUGCGAUAAAAUAUCGCUACCCAAUCCCAUCCGCGGACGAACUGAUUGACCACGAGCGAGGAGGUCGCUAUUUCUCGAAAAUCGACCUUCGUGGCGGUUACCAUCAGAUUCGAGUUUCCGCUGACGACUGGCACAAGACCGCAUUUCGUACUUGAUACGGAAGUUACGAAUACACUG